AUCUCCCCAUACCGACACCGCUUCUUCAAUUAUCGCGACAUCACACCCCCACGCCCCAUCACUGCGGCCAACGGAGACACUUUCGACGCCGUCGGCGAAGGUGACAUGGAGGUGUGCGUCCUCAACACCAAUGGCCAGCCCACCACGAUCACCCUGCGCGACGUGCUAUAUGCACCGAACAUUGGGUUCUCCCUCGUGUCCAUCCGCAAGGCCGACGAGGCGGGCUACUCCGCCAUCUUCGCGCAUGGGGAGUGCCAGCUC